CCCAAGGGAGAGCAGCACACUGCUACUGUGAUCUUCAUGCAUGGGCUGGGAGACUCGGGGUACGGCUGGGCUCCUGUGUCAGAGCAGCUCCAGAUGCCUUGGAUCAAGUUCAUGUUCCCGACUGCCCCCGCCCAGCCGGUGUCGCUCAACAUGGGGAUGGAGAUGCCGGCUUGGUUCGACAUUUACUCCCUUGACCCUGAGGACAAGAAGGAGGAUGUGGAGGGGAUGCUGGAGAGUGCCAAGUACGUUUCCGACUUGAUUGAGAAAGAAAUCCAGAAGGGAAUUCCCCCCAACAGGAUUGUUCUCGGAGGUUUCUCUCAAGGCGGCGCCAUCGCGUACGCGACUUCCCUCAUGCUCAGUGAGACGCCGCUGGCUGGCGUCUUGUGCCUGAGCACGUGGAUCCCCCGCUUCGUGCGGAGCAGGAGGGCUCAUACUGCUGCAGGGCUGAAGCAAGACUUCCUGGUAUGCCAUGGCGACAGCGAUAUGGUGGUGCAGUACGAUUGGGGGAGGCAGAGUUUCGAGAAGCUGGUGAGCGAAGGAGCCAAGGCUGAGUUCAAGACUUACAGGGGAAUGGGCCACAGCCUUUGCGGGGAGGAGCUUCAAGGUUUG